AUGCCUGCCAAGCACCAAGUCAACGGCGAUGUGAAGGGCACUCGCCCCGUCCGCAUCGCCAAUGUGUCGGGUGGCCAGAUGGAGCCUGCGUGGCAGAUGAGAAAACAGGCCACCUUCGGCCAGAUCGACUUCAUCACCGGCGACUGGCUGGCGGAGAACAACAUUGCGCAGGAAGCGGCGGCCAUGGAUGCCGGGACCGGUGAGGGAUUCAAGAAGAAUGCCUGGGAAGGCUUGCAGUUGACCAUGGAUGUCAUCGCGGAGAAGCAUAUCAAGGUGGUCAUCAACGGCGGAGGCAUCGGGGCGGAGAAUCUGGCCAGGCGAUGCCAGGACCUCAUCACCAAGAAUGGCUACGACCUGAAAGUCGCUUAUGUCUCCGGCGACAACAUCACCAAACGGGUGCGGUCCUCGCUCCAAGAGCAGGGAAAACUCCCAUCAAGCUUCGAAGAUGGCAGCGGAAAGAACCACAAGGACGCGACAUUCACGGCGGAUGAGGUCCUUGCGUGUACCGCGUACAUUGGAGCACGAGCCAUCGUCAAGGGCCUCGAGAACGGCGCCGAUAUCAUCAUCUGUGGUCGGGUCGCCGAUGCUGCUCCCAUCAUGGGCGCCGCCUGGUGGUGGUAUGGCUGGUCGGACACCGACUAUGACCGACUAGCUGGAGCUUUCCUCGCGGGCCACAUCAUCGAAUGCUCUGCUUAUGCAUCGGGAUCCAACUUCUCCGGCUUCAAUCGAUUUCCGCUCGAGACCUUUAUCGAUUCUGGAUAUCCCAUUGCCGAAGUCGAACGAGAGGGAUCUUGCAUUAUUACCAAGCACGAAGGCACCGGAGGCAUGGUCACCGAGGAGACUGUCAAGUGCCAGCUCCUGUAUGAAAUACAGGGCAAUGUCUACUUGAACAGUGAUGUCAAGGCCAUUCUGGACGACGUCAAGAUCGAGCAGGUGGGAAAGGACCGUGUUCGGUUGUCGGGCAUCAAAGGUCGUCCGCCGCCACCAACAACGAAACUGGCCGUCUUCUUUCAGGGCGGAUACGAAGCUCAGAAUUUGGCCAACUUUGCUGGUUAUGCAUCCCGCAGGAAACAUAAGCUGUACGAAAAGCAGAUCAGAGCCCGCUUAGAUGCGAGGGACCUCACUCGACAGUUUGACAUUCUGGAAUUCCAGAUGAUUGGAAACGCGGGCGUCGAUCCCAAGACCAUGUUCGAAACCACCAGCUACUCACGUAUUUUCGCGCAAGCGAAGACUCCAGAGCCCCUAUCUGCGCUCAAGCUCAUCCUCGCCGACGACACACAACAGAAACCCUCGGGCCUCCACUGGGCGCAGGACAUGAGGACCGCCGACCCCAGGUCGUUCUACGUGUACUACCCGUGCAUCAUGCCGCAAGACGAGAUUGUCGAAGCAGUCCACUUACUCGACAAGGAAGGCCAAACAAAGCAAUCCAUUUCGGUGACCCGUCCACCGAAGUACGAGGCCCUGGAGCCUCGCGAGUCCUACGAUCCGGCCAACCCGACUCCUCUCGAAUCGUUUGGCCCCACAGUACGCAUGCCGCUGGGCAACAUCGUGAUCGGGAGGUCGGGCGACAAAGGCCCCAACGUCAACAUCGGCCUGUUCACCGACCGCCCCGAGAUCUGGGAGUGGUUCCGCAGCUUCCUCACAAUCGAGAGGAUGAAAAGUCUGGUCGGCGGCGACUGGAAGGACGAGUACCGCAUCGAGCGCGUCGAGCUCCCGACCAUCUUCGCCGUCCACUUUGUCAUCUAUGGCAUCCUCGGUCGCGGAGUGAGCAGUUCGACGCUGUUGGACAACAGGGGAAAAGGCUUCACCGACUAUAUCCGCGCGAAGCACGUCGAUGUGCCCAAGAAGUUUUUGCAGUGGACUUGGGAGGAGAAGGAGGAUGAGUUUUGA